UCUGACUAUACACUUUACUCUCUGCACAAAGUCUUUCUCUAUUCUCUUGGAAAGAGAUCCAACCACCAUGGCUACGCCCAACGCCGUCGCAGAAUUCAUGCUAAUCACCGGAGCACCAGAGUCCGUCGCGGUCCAGAAAUUAGAGGAACAUCGAGGCAAUGUCAAUGAUGCUAUUAAUGAUCAUUUUCUUCGAGGAGACGGACAUAUAUUAUCAGGUCAAGGGCAAAAUCUUGGUGCUACUGCUGCCCCAUUAGAUAAUAACGCUGCUCCAAGUAAUCGAAAAAUUGGAAUUCCGACUAUUGUGAAUGCUGCUAGAACCUUCCGACCUUCACUGUUACUUGAUGCAAAUUAUAGGCGAGAACUUCGAGAUCUAUGUGUUGGGAUUGGUGCUUCUGCAUUUAGGAGUCGCCCACCAUCUCUUGCUUCCCAUCCGUUAGAGGCGAGGGAAGGUCCUGCAGGGAUCAAUAGUGCAUGGGAGCCACAUUAUCAAUCAAGAUUGAACACUGCACAUGUUCCUGAUGCUGAACUAGAGGAAGCAAUGCUUCAAGCAGCGAUAGAGGCCUCAAGAAUGGGGGGGAGAGGAGGUUCUUCAAGGGAGCAAGUUGGUGUUCUUGAUGAUUCAUCUGAUGAUGGGUUUCCUCAAAGUCAUAUUCAACAAGAAGAUGAUGAUUUGGCUCAUGCAAUUUCGUUGUCCUUAGAGACGGCAGAGAAGGAGAAAGCAAUCCGUGAGCAUCUAAUAUUGGAGGAGAAGGAAGGGCAAGGAGCUUAUGAUUUGUUAGACAAGGAAAAGAAAACCAACAGUAGCAGAAGCCAAUUAGAGGAAAUGGGGAAAAUGCUUGACAAGAAAGAAGUUAGGCUUUCCAAGGAACCACCUUUAUGUAAUGAAACAAUUACUAUUGUUGUUCGAAUGCCAGAUGGUCAUCGUCUUAAUCGUCGCUUUCUCAAAACUGACAAACUUGAGAAUCUUUUUGAUUUCGUAGACACUGUUAGAUUUCAAGGGGAGAAGCCUGGGACAUACAGACUUGUAAGGUCAUACCCGCGUUGUGCUUUUAGUAUUAAAGAUUGCUCAUCAACCUUCAAUGAAGUAGGUCUUAGUAAUGACGAGACUCUUUUUCUGGAGAUGGAUUGAAUAUGAAGGAAAAAGAUAUAAAUUGAUAGGAACAAGAACUUGUAUUUUGUAAAUAUACCUUCUGUGAUGUUUCUCCAAGUUGUCUCAAUAUGGGCCAUGUUGCCAUAUGAUGUGUUUAUCUCCUUAAUUAGAAUGAACAUUUGUCUUUUUUUUAAAACAUUUUUAUUUAUUUAUUAUAAUUACAAUGACAACACUAAGAUUUAAACUUAAAACUAUUUACGUUCUAUC